AUGGCGAAGUUGAAAGAAAUCGCGACGUGUUCUUGUGUAUGUAAUUCGUGUUGUUGUCGAGCUUCUAAAGUCAGUGGAGGUGAGCGGGAAUCGGCAAAGGCACUUCGGGCCAAUGGAACAUCGCACGUUGAUAGUCGCCCUUUCAGUAUUGCCUGUGAAUGGGAUCGGAAUAAAACUCAACAGUUCACUGAUGAUGGUACCAAUACGUAUUUCUGGCAAGCUCAUACGAUCACAGUUCUGAUAGGCCUGAUUUGUGUCCUCAUCUAUGUUGCAUUGUUUGAACAAUCCCAGUACAGCAGUCAGUAUAACACCAAGAGAGGGCUGUUUGCCUGUUUUAUGGUGUUUUUACUGUUUGGUGUCACUCAAAUUCGCGAUGGUCCCUUCAAGCGACCACACCCAGCAUUUUGGCGGUUGAUGCUUUGCCUCAGUGUGCUCUAUGAACUGGCAUUGAUAUUUAUUCUUUUCCAGUCUGUUGAUGAUGCACGCCAGCUGCUGAAAUAUAUUGAUAAGAGCCUUGGAGAACCAUUACCUGAAGUCUCUUAUGGGGAGGACUGCGCAUUCUACACUCCGGGACAUCCUGAUGGACCAUUCCACAAUUUCUUGCAAAAGUUUGACAUCUUUGUCUUCGCACACUUAUGUGGCUGGUGGGCAAAGGCAUUGAUGAUUAGGGAUUACUGGCUGUGCAUUGUUAUCAGUGUGCUGUUUGAAGUCUUGGAAUACACUCUAGAACACCAACUUCCAAACUUUUGUGAAUGCUGGUGGGAUCAUUGGAUAAUGGACGUCCUCGUUUGUAAUGCUAUUGGCACAUACUUAGGAAUGAAAACAUGCGAUUAUCUGUCUAUAAAGCCUUUUCAUUGGCGAGGACUCUGGAAUAUUCCUAGUUAUAGUGGCAAAUUAAAGCGAGUAGCACAACAGUUCACACCAUAUUCAUGGACAGCUUAUGACUGGGGAGCAACAAAAACACUGAAGCGUUGGCUGGCCGUGUGCGGUAUUACCGCUGUUUAUCUGACGGCUGAGCUGACCCUGUUCUAUCUGAAAUUCAUCUUGUGGAUCCCUCCGCCUCACUUCCUGAAUUGGAUGCGAGUGAUACUUUUCUUAUUCAUCGGCAGCGUAGCACUGAACGAGACAUACGAGUACAUGUUUGACGAGAAUGUGAAGCGAUUUGGUCAACAGGCGUGGGUAGUGGCGGCCAUAAUCGCCACCGAGGUUCUUAUCUGCCUUAAAUUCGACCCUCAGACCAUCUUCACGCCUUUCCCUCCUCAUAUCACCGCUUUCUGGGCGAUUGGCUUGAUCAGUAUGCUGGUUUGGACUGUUUGGAACUUCUGGUCUGAUAUUCUGAGUGGGUUUUACUUGAGUUCACCCAAGCAUGCGAAGAAAACGUAUAAUGCGAAGAUGCAAUAUCAAAAUGGAAAACAAGAAUAAUGGUGAUUCGUGAAUGGUAUGAUACUAACAGAAAUCGAUAAACUUGUAGAUAGUCAAGCCUUACUAGCAUUCAUUAUCCUUUCUAUGCAGUUUUGAGGGGUAGAAAUUUCAGUUUUCGAUUGUUUAAAUGCUGCUUGAUUGAGUGCGUCCCCUCAUUUGUGCCGUACUGGAUUUUCUCAAGAAAAAAGCCCCCGACCAAAAUUGUACCCUUUCCUAGUCGACUGUGAACAGCGCUGUGACACCAAUUUACACGUUUUAGUUUGUUUACAGAUUUCUGGAAGAAAUCCAGAAAUCGAUAAACUUGUAGAUAGUCAAGCCUUACUACCAUUCAUUAUCCUUUCUAUGCAGUUUUGAGGGGUAGAAAUUUCAGUUUUCGAUUGUUUAAAUGCUGCUUGAUUGAGUGCGUCCCCUAUUUGUGCCGUACUGGAUUUUCUCAAGAAAAAAGCCCCCGACAAAAAUUGUAUCCUUUUCUAGUCGACUGUUAACAGCACUGUGACACAAAUUUACACGUUUUAGCUUGUUUACAGAUUUUCAGAGGUUUUGAGUAUUGGGUAGCGUCAUCCCUAGGCGUUUAGUGACAGCUCUCUGUAGUCAUGCAUUCUACAGUAUGCGAUAAGCUGUCCCAUUACGUGGCGAGCAGCCAAAGUGACGUCAUUAACCGACCAGCCACUCAGCCAAUAGAAGCUGGGGGACGUUUGUAAAACUAGGAGCGGCUGCUAAGCAGUGUUCUGAUGAGCUGUAGAUUUUUUGCUAUAUAUAUAGAUAUUGUAUUUCACUAUUUAUUAACUGACAUAUAUUUAGCGGUUAUUUUAUUGCCUUAUUCGAGAUGUGUUUUUUUUUAAUUUUGCACUACCACAAAGACGCAGUAUUUAAGCCUCUUUUAUUUGUUGUAAGAACCUAUAUGAAAAACAGGGCCUUAAUUAAAUAUCUUAUUCGGAUCAGGAGAACAUGUUCUCCUGUCCAGGUAUCCUGUUUAGAUUCCUUUAUUACCAUCUCCACGCAAAGCAUGAAGUGAACUUCUAUUUCCUCCCGGAUUGCUCAGUAUUUCAUUAUGAUGACAUAACUGCGUUGAUAUUAUAGGCCGAAUUUAAAGAUAGCGUCACUCCCUAACAAGAAAAUGAAUUUUGGGCGGGCGCUAAACUUUGAGUUCGGCUAAAAUGUUUGAGCGCUAGUCUUGGCCAAAAAGGGCUUGUAAAACUGAGCUCAGGUUAAUAUCAAGUUAGAUGGAAGUUUUUCUACCAGGCGCGUACACAGGGGGGUGCUUUUUCUAUAUGAUACCUAUGACUGCGCACCCCUCCCCCCCCCCAUCUCAGCCAAUUCUGCGUACGCGCCUGUCUACAAAUCUAGGAUGAUAUUGAGACUAUCAGUAGAUUAAGUGGUAUGGAAGAAUAAUGCUAGGAUAUAAUAUUGUGAUAAACCCUCAAAAGGUAUCUGUAUAUUUGAUAAAGAAUUUAGAUAAUAUAAUAAUUUUCUCAAUAAAGUUGAAUAGCGCA